ACUACACCUUGUUUACAUUCUACUAAUUCGAUCAAAAUUAUCUGUUACUCAUUUCAGACAUUUUCCGGUCAGUUCUCGGUUUCGGACACAAGACUACGUGAGACAAUAUAGACUAGAAAAUGGAACUUGACAUUUCUCACGUUAUGAGGUGGUUCUUCUUGUAUUUCACUACCUUAGGAUCAUUUUUACCCAAUCAUGUAUCCACCAAAAGUCUACCCCUCUAUUCUUAUGAUAAUUCUAUGCUUGUUCUCCUUCAUCCGUUUGAUCCGAAACUCCUAAAACCAUUUGAUGCUCUAGCUGAAUAUUCUCGGGUUUCAGUGUACGAGAUGCUUAGGUACUUAGAUCAGAAGAGGUUAAGUGGUAAUCCAUUGUAUAACAACUCUGCAUGCGUCGUCGAUGUGACCUCGAUUGUUUAUGGAAUCAUUCGAUCAGACAAGGAGGCAGUGAAAUGGUUGGAUGCUGCAGGCAAGAUUGUUCCUGGUGUAUCUGGUGGUGGUAUCAACUGGGUGGGAAGCAUGGAAUUGUGUCGAAAUAUCACAGAUUUCAGCUACGGUUUAUCACAGCAUGUUCAAGGAAAGUAUUGCUCUGCAUAUGUGAAACUUCCUUCAGCGGAAGAUCUUCCUGAAAAAGUGUCAUUCGAACUGAAUUAUGGAGUGUGCAUUCCUCAUUCUUGUACGAAGGAUGACUUGAUUUGGCUACUAGAUAUGGUGCUUUCCAAGGUAAAUUUAUCCAUAGAUAAGUCCACAAGCUUCUGUCAUGCAGAUUUUGGAGAACUACCUAAAGACGGUUGGUUUUGGGUAGCAAUGUCUUUGCUAGUUGUUAUGAUCUUUCUUCUGAUAAGUGGAACAGUUGUGGAUUUAGUCCUGUGGUGUAGAUUAAAUUAUCGUAUUUGUGAAUUUUCGUACGACAGACUGAUAAAUGUCAGUAUGCCAACAGAAGCAUCUACUACCAGUGAAGCUAUCGUUAAUUGUGGAGGGACCACUGAGGAAGAAAACACAAUUGGACAGACUACAUCUGCCCAUCUUAGCACAGAUAAGCUAUCAUAUUUUGAACAUCGAGCAAAUAUUUUGUCAAAUACAAAUCCAUGUAUUAAAUACAUUGCGAAUUAUUCCGUUCCUUAUAACACGUGGCAUCUUUGGCACUCCAAGCCAAAUCAAGUUCCAAAUAAGUCAGGUCAGCACUGCAGUCAUCCCUUAUUGUGCUUGGAUGGGAUCCGAUUUUUAACCAUGAAUUGGAUAAUUUAUGGACAUUGUAUAGCAUUCAGCAUGUUUGUUGCGAAUCUUUCUUAACUGUCUGUUAAUCAACUAAUCAUAUAUGACUUCUAACUGCCAACUAAUGUCAUUUAGACAUUUAAAACAAAUUUACGCAUAAAACAUUUUCUUUUGAGUCCAUUUGGUUUAAGGAAUGUUUUCACUUGAAGUCUACGUCUACAUUUAUUUGAUUUACAAUAAACCCUUGUAAGCACAGGGGUAUAUGUCUGCUGCGACGUGACACGAUGAAUAAUUUCGUGAAGAUUAUGUUUAGUGGUACUGUCAACCAAUAUCAAAGUCAGAAUCUUCAAUAUGAACGUCAAGACAGUUCUGCUGUACAGAGCUGAAACGUGGGGAGUUACUACAGCCAUCGUCAAAAAUGUACAAGUAUUUAUAAAAAUUUAGUAACACAAGAUACUCAACGUUUGUUGACCGGAUACCAUCAGCAACAGCUUACUAAGAAAGAGAAUAAACCAAGUUUCAGAUGAGGAGGGAAUUAAGAAAAGACGUUGAAAUUGGACAGGACAUGUAUUGAGGAAAUCAUCAAACUGCAUCACUAAACAAGUGCUAACUUGCAAUCUUGAAGGGAAACGGAAAGGAUGAAGAACACAUUGAUUCGAAAGUUGGAAGCAUAAAUGGAAAGGAUGAAUAGAAUCUGAAAAUGAUUGUCCAGGACAAGAUUGGAUGAAGAAUGGUGGUGAGCAGUUUAUGCUGCUGUACGAGGGGUAGCAGGCGUAAGUAGAUAACCUGCUACUUUUCUCACAAAUUCAUCAGCCAAAAUGGACCUAUCAAGUAAUAAUUAGUGCAACUCUAGCUGUGGAUACAUUCUUCUUCAUGUCAAGUUUAUUAUCUACCUAUCUCACCAUUCCAAAACUUCGACGAAUUCCCAGUUGGAAACAUUGGAUAAAAUUUUGGUGGAGUUUCGUAUUUCAUCGUAUUUUACGUUUAACUCCAGCUUAUCUUUUAGUCUUGAUACUGUAUACUGGAUUAUUUAAUCAUGCUUAUGUCGGUCCAAUGUAUCCUCAAACUCCCAAUUUGAUGGAUAUAAAAUUUUGUCGUGAUCAUUGGUGGAUAACAUAUUUAAAUAAUUUUUUCUAUGCGGAUGAAAUAUGCAUGGGAUGGUCAUGGUAUUUGUCAAAUGAAAUUCAAUUUUCAAUUGUGUUAUCUCCAAUUUUCUUAUGUUUAGUAGCAUGGAAUGAAACCAUCGGUGUACUGUUUGGUUUUGGACUUGUAAUUUCUAGUAUCGCGUCCACAUUUGGUAUAUCUUAUUCGAAUGAUUAUUUACCUGGUGCGCUAUCACUCUCAUCAUUCACAACUAUUUACGUAAAACCGUAUACACGUUGGAGUACAUAUGCUAUUGGCCUUUUAUGCGGCUGGUUCCUAGAAAAACACAUCAAUAUUUUGAAUAAUGUGAAUACAAAAACGAAGGUUUUGAUUGGUGUGAUUAGUGUAUGCCUGUCAUCCAUAUUCUGUGUAUCUACUGUCUACGGAUUGUAUGGACUACUAAGUGGAAAGGUCGGACCAUUCACAACGUUUGGAGCUGCAACUUAUACAGCAUUCCAUCGACCUAUUUUUAUUCUCGGUAUUGCAAUCGUUGUAUCGAUGUGUGCUCUUGGUUGUGGUGGUCCAAUUCGCUGGAUUCUCACAUUGUCUGUAUUCCGUGUUCCUUCACGGUUGACAUAUACAGCUUAUCUUGUACAUCCGAUAGUGGUUCUAUUCAUCGCUUUAGGAAGUCAGAACCCAAUACUGCUGGAUGACCUGCAUUUGAUAGUUAUGUUCUUUGCCGUUCUACCAAUUACUUAUUGCUUGGCAUACUUGGUCACACUGGUAACUGAGUCACCAGUGUUAGCUAUGACACAUAGUUCUGGAGGGAAAAAGCCUUUGUCAUCAGAAAGUCCCAUGUAAACGAAAGCAAUUGAUCAUGAGUAAAAUCUAGUCAAAUCAGUUUUCACUCCUUGUCUUUCUUGAAGUUAUCAAUUUGUUGUAUACUAUUGUAAAGCUAUGGAAUUUCGCUUAGUAGUUUUUUCAUUAUUUUUGUAUCCAUGCUAAAUGAAAUUUAAAAAAUUGCUUUUUUGUUUGAAUAAGAUAGUAAAUUAUUUUUUAAUAUUAUCUAGUAAUUUUGAAAUUGAUCCUUAUAAUUUCACGGAAACAGUUUUCUUCUAAUUGUAUUUUAGUUUUGCUUUAUAUAGAUUUUAUUUAGUUUUAUAUUUGAAGAAUUGUGAUGUAAUAGUUUUGUUAGAUUAUGCUUAAAUGAUGUAUGGUUAGAUUUCUUUGGAAUCAUAAUAUAAAUAUGAUUUACUGACUAUACUUUAGAUUUUCUAUUCUCAUUGUCCCAAGCACUAAGGAAAAUGUUUUUACACACUUUUCCUUUUGUUCUCCUCAAAUCAGUCGUCCAACAAUAUUGAUAGUUUAGAGAAGAAUUUUACUGGUUAUUAUUAUUUUUUAUUAGUACGGGGACUUGUGGAGAUUGUAGUAUUUUCACAGUUAAAAUCAUGAGGUGAUGUAAGCGAAACCACCAUUAGAAACCUGAAAAUGAAAGUCAAUAAUUUGUAUGAUGCUAAACAUAGUGAUUACAGUAAGAUUGAGUAAUCCCACUAUUGCUAUCUACUUCCAAUUCAUGUUGUUUUCAAUAUAGUUUCCA